UUGCUACAAUACUAUUCACAUUUUAAGUUUGUUUCAUCCUCGUAAGUCUCAAAUAUUUAUUUUUAGUUUAUUUCUUUUUUUUGUCAAACUUUUAGUUUAUUUCAAUUAGUGUUUUUUCUGCCAAUAUGAUCAAAUCUGAGAUUCAAAAUGGAAUUCUUCUGUUGAAAAAAUGGAUGCUUUUGUAAUAAAUUCAAGAUCGUAGUUUUUUUUUGUUUCUGGGCUUCGUAUAUGGGCCAUAAGACGGAAGUAAACUUUUGGCCCAUUAUAUAUUUUAUCCCCAACGAGAAUGGCAAGGCCGAAAGUCUCAUUCUCCGAGAGUGGAAAGUUAGUUAAGGAAAAUGAUUGAUUUUUUUGUUUUGUUUUGCAUUAGUCUAUAGGACGACUUGUUUCACAAGAAACUAGCCGUAUAUUGUAAUAUCCAAUCACUGAAUUGAGCAACUUGGAUAGUUUACAUUGAGAAUGCAGGAACGUGGAUUCCACAAACUAUAACAGUUUAUUAUAGUUUUUAACUUUUGAGAGCUAAGGACUAAUAAAAAAAUUCCCCAAACUACAUCUUCUCCAAAGUCAAUAGCUUUUCAAAGCGCAAAAGAUGAUUUGAAGCUUUCUUAAUCGUUGCAUGAUUUCGAUUUCUUCUAAUUGUGGAAAUUUAAUAUAUUUAAUUGCAGCACCAGCAGAGAUCAAGAAGAUAGUGGAGGCCAUGCAAUGUCCUCCUCGAGCUCCUCUUGUAUUUCAACCCUCAUUAAGAAACAGAGGAAAAAUGCAAAUGGGAUUAUCUAAAUCUUGUUUGGCAUUUCUCCAUGGACUAUUUCAAAGCCGCUGGGUGAUCUAUAAAAGGCCUGAGAAUGUCUCCUUCAUCUUCAUCUCCAAAGCUCGUUCUCACCUUACUUGGCAAACACUCAACGAAGAAAGGAGAGAGAGACGGUAAUGGCGAUCAAGAACAUUCUCGCCCUUGUGGUUCUUCUUAGCGUGGUUGGAGUUUCUGUCGCCAUUCCACAGUUGCUUGACCUCGACUACUACCGGUCUAAGUGUCCCAAGGCAGAGGAAAUUGUUCGUGGUGUCACAGUACAAUAUGUUUCUCGCCAGAAAACCCUUGCCGCUAAACUUCUAAGGAUGCAUUUCCAUGAUUGUUUCGUCAGAGGAUGUGAUGGUUCCGUUCUUCUGAAAUCUGCAAAGAAUGAUGCGGAAAGAGACGCUGUCCCCAACCUGACCCUGAAAGGUUAUGAAGUGGUGGAUGCGGCCAAGACAGCGCUGGAGAGGAAGUGUCCUAAUCUCAUUUCUUGCGCUGAUGUUCUUGCCUUGGUCGCCAGAGAUGCCGUGGCAGUGAUCGGGGGACCAUGGUGGCCGGUUCCAUUGGGCCGCAGGGAUGGACGCAUCUCGAAAUUGAACGAUGCAUUGCUAAAUUUACCAUCUCCUUUCGCCGACAUAAAGACGCUGAAGAAGAACUUUGCCAACAAGGGUCUUAACGCUAAAGACCUUGUGGUUCUCUCAGGGGGUCACACCAUUGGAAUCUCUAGUUGCGCUCUCGUCAACAGUCGUCUCUACAACUUCACAGGAAAGGGCGAUUCUGACCCAUCCAUGAACCCUAGCUACGUGAGGGAAUUGAAGAGAAAGUGCCCGCCUACAGAUUUCAGAACCUCACUGAACAUGGACCCAGGCAGUGCGUUGACAUUCGACACUCACUACUUCAAGGUCGUGGCUCAGAAGAAAGGGCUCUUCACAUCUGACUCUACGCUUCUCGAUGACAUUGAGACCAAAAACUACGUUCAGACUCAGGCCAUUCUCCCUCCUGUGUUUUCUUCUUUCAAUAAAGAUUUCUCCGAUUCCAUGGUCAAACUUGGUUUCGUCCAAAUUCUUACCGGCAAAAAUGGUGAGAUCAGGAAGAGAUGCGCCUUCCCUAACUAAUUUGGAUCGAUCAGACCGGGUUUCGGAUGAUUUUGAGUCUACACGUUUUUCUCUGCUUAUUUUCUUUCUUUUUCUUUUUUCUUUCACGGAAGUUUGAGCUUUGGUGUUGUCUUCUUCUGUUUCUUCCAUGAAUAAUUGUUUUUUGUUGAGUAACUUUACAUUUGUAUUCUUUACGGUGACUGUGUUUUGUAAUGGAAAAAGUUUGUUUCGAAUUCAUCCGUUAAACGUAAACCUAAAUUAAACAAAAAUUAUAAUUGGAAAGCAAAACAUUUUGUAAGCUUCGUGGUGUUUUUACUAUGAAUUAAUAUUUAUGUUUGUUUUUCACGGUUAAUGGUUAUGGUUAUUAACCGUUUUAAUAAUUUAUUUUCACGGUUAAUGGUUACAAUAAUAAAUGAUCUAUUUUCACGGUUAAUGGUUACGGUUAUUAACCGUUUUAUACGGUUAUGAUUACGGUCGGGGUAUGGUUAAUAAACGGUCUGGUUACGAUCCAAAAUACGGUUACGGUUAGAAUUUGGUCAUACUUUGAUGACACCUUUUAGGGGUUUGGAUGUUGUGUCCAAUUAGUUUACAAAAAAU